AUGUCUGGUGCCAGGCUGUUACGGUUCAUACAGAGCCUGUCUCGUAGGAAACCCCUGGAGCCAGAGGGGGAGGUGUCCAACUUUAAACGAUGUCUGACUACCCUUGACCUGGUGGCUCUGGGGGUUGGCAGCACACUGGGGGCUGGCGUGUAUGUGCUGUCAGGAGAGGUGGCCAGGGCCGUAGCUGGGCCCAGUAUAAUUAUAUCUUUCCUUGUGGCAGCAAUAGCUUCCAUUUUCGCAGGGCUGUGCUAUGCUGAAUUUGGAUCGCGUGUGCCCAAGACUGGCUCUGCCUACCUGUACAGCUAUGUGACAGUGGGGGAGAUUUGGGCCUUCAUCACUGGCUGGAACUUGCUGCUGUCAUAUGUCAUAGGAACAUCAAGUGUAGCCAGGGCAUGGAGUGGGACUUUUGAUGACCUCAUUGGAAAUGCCAUUGCCAACUCUUUAGGUCAACAUGCAGCAAUGGAUAUGCCAGGCCUCGCUACCUACCCAGACUUCUUUGCUGCUGCUCUCAUCAUGCUGUUGGCAGGGAUCCUUGCAUUUGGCGUUAAAGAGUCUGCUAUUGUGAAUAAGGUUUUUACAGCAGUUAAUACAGUGGUCUUGGUGUUUGUUAUCAUCGCUGGCAUCAUCAAAGGUGACAUUGACAACUGGUACAUUAGUGAGGACACUAUCCUGAACAUAACAACAAAUGAAAACUUCACAUCGGCACUAAAUGAAACCACAAAUUACGGUGUUGGUGGCUUCUUCCCCUUUGGUGUUGAGGGAACAUUGGCAGGAGCUGCAACCUGUUUUUACGCCUUUGUUGGAUUUGACUGCAUAGCCACAACAGGGGAGGAGGUGCAGAACCCUCAGAAGUCCAUCCCUCUGGGCAUUGUAGCAUCCCUGCUGAUCUGUUUCCUGGCUUACUUUGGUGUGUCGGCAGCACUGACCCUCAUGAUGCCCUACUGCAUGCUCAGUGUCAAUAGCCCAUUACCUGUAGCUUUUACAUACAUCGGCUGGGGCCCUGCAAAGUAUGCUGUGGCUGUAGGCUCCCUCUGUGCACUUUCAACAAGUCUUCUAGGAUCCAUGUUUCCCAUGCCCCGGGUCCUCUUUGCGAUGGCCAGGGACGGGCUGCUCUUCAAGCCACUCAGUAACAUGAGUUCUCAACAAAGUCCUGUGGUAGCCACUCUAUCUUCAGGUGUUGUGGCAGCAAUCAUGGCUCUAUUAUUUGAUCUGAAAGCACUUGUGGACAUGAUGUCAAUUGGAACACUCUUUGCCUACACUCUUGUAGCAAUAUGUAUUCUCAUAUUGAGGUACCAACCAGAUCUUGGUGAGGAGUCCAGUGAUAAUACAUCUGAAUCAUUUUCGAUGAUAGAGGCCCUAAACCCUCCUUCUCAGCCCAAUGCUCAAACCUCUAAAAAUGUAUCCAUGUUCACAGUCUUUAUCAUCCUUUUAGAAAUUAUUCUGAGCGUUUUCCUGACCAAGGCUGUGGAUUCCCUGAUGAACCAGGAGUGGUGGAGCAUUUUAAUCAUCUCUGUGAUCCUUUUGAUGCUGGUCCUCACUGUUUUCAUCAUCUGGAGACAGCCUCAGAAUACAACCAAAGCUGCUUUUAUGGUUCCUUUUAUACCAGCACUUCCUAUUGUGAGUACAUUUGUCAAUGUCUAUCUGAUGGUUCAGUUGGGAGGAGAUACAUGGAUUCGCUAUGCUGUUUGGAUGGCAGUGGGGUUAUUGAUCUACUUUUGUUAUGGAGUUCAUCACAGUGUGCAAAAGCAAAGGCUGGAAAAUGCACACAAUCAGGUCAACAUACAAAGUCUUAACACAAAUAUGGAGUAA